AUGACGUUACCAACGGUUUCAAGCGCGCCUUCUUCACCUACUUCUUCAUUUGCCUCAAAGCCAUCUAGAAGCCAAGAUAACCAGCCAGUUGGCUUCCCAGAUUAUUCUCUUUGGACUUCUGAACGGUGGGCAAGGUAUCCAGGUCUUCUAAAUGGCCACGAUUCCAAAGCAGAGCGCAAAUGGUGGUGGAAACACGGUUACCGACUAAAAGACCCUAAUAAAUCCAAGACGCACGGGAUUUAUUGGGUAUCAUCGAGACACCAAGCUGGCACCCAACGUACCUUAGAUUCGAUGGUCGAAGUAAAUCAACCACAACAACAAGCCCUCCACUCUCGCCAGUUGUACAACAACGUAAUAUUUCAAGAGGCCGACCUACCCCACUCCGAAUCGAUGAUCCACCUCCUUUUGGCCGAAUAUAGACGAGCCGUGACGCCGGUAAGGUUGUUGCUUCGUACAGCACGUGGGAUGAUUCAUAUAAC